AUGCAACGGCUGCUGCUCAGCGUUUGCUAUUAUUGUGUCAUACCUGGAGAUGAGAACCGCAAACAACCAAACGCGCUGUAAACUCCAAACCAAGAUGGCGGCCAAGAUGGAUGUGGACGAUACACCAACACCUAGCGGUGAAGAAAGUGGGGCUUUGAGCGCCGUUAUGGCCUCCAGUGGAACAACUGGGAGUGUUUCGGUAGCUCUACACCCUUUAGUCAUCAUGAAUAUAUCCGAACAUUGGACGAGGAUACGUGCCCAAGAAGGAAAGCCAACACAAGUUCUUGGUGCUAUCAUCGGCCAGCAGAAAGGACGCAAUAUUGAAGUCUUCAACUCUUUUGAGCUUCUGUUUGAUAUUGUGGACGGUAACAUCAUCGUCGACCGAGAAUAUUACAACACUAAGGAAGAGCAGUUUAAGCAAGUUUUCAGUGAUCUCGACUUCCUUGGCUGGUACACAACCGGGGGCCUGUGCAACGAAUCAGAUAUCAAAGUUCACAAACAGAUCUGUGCAAUUAAUGAAAGCCCCAUCUUUCUGAAGCUGAACCCUCUAGCAAGACACACAGACCAACUUCCAAUCAGUAUUUAUGAGUCCGUCAUUGAUCUUGUCAAUGGAGAAGCCACGAUGCUUUUCGUCGAGCUGCCGUACACUUUGGCAACAGAAGAAGCGGAGAGAAUCGGUGUUGAUCAUGUUGCCAGGGUAACCACAAAUGAAACCUCAGAGAACUCGUCAGUGUCUGAGCAGCUCACAGCACAACAUAAUGCCAUCAAGAUGUUACACAGUCGAGUGAAGCUCAUCUUAGACUACGUCAAAGCGGUUCAAGCCGGGGAGGUUCCUCGGAAUCAUGAAAUCCUCCGAGAUGCUUACAGUCUCUGCCACAGACUACCUGUGCUUAGCUCAGAGAGAUUUGACACAGACUUCUAUAGUCAAUGUAAUGACGUUUCACUCAUGGCUUACCUAGGCACCAUAACCAAGGGAUGUAACACUAUCAAUCAGUUUGUCAACAAAUUCAACGUCCUGUAUGACCGACAAGGAAUGGGUCGACGCAUGCGAGGCUUAUUCUUCUGAAGAUCCCCCUCCGAUGUUUGUUGGUUACCACAGCAACAAGUCAUGUAUGUACAGUAAAUUGUAAAGCCGCUCGACCGAUUGUGCACAGGGUACCAGUUGAUCUGUUCCACUCGUUUAGUUCCUUCAGUGACAGAUGCAGACGACAUCAAGUGGUAAACAAAAAAUGUCUAAAAAAUCGGUUCAGACAUUGGGCGACUUGUAAAUCUGAUUUUCGUUUUACAACGCAUAAGAUAAGGAAAAUCAUAUAAAAAUGUUGUAGUUCUCAAUUUGAGAAGAAAAUCUUCGCAGAAAAGAAGUGGCGCGGGAUUUUUUCGGGAUUUCAUCUCAAAAUGGUCAUUUCAAAUAAAGCAGAAGAAAGGGAAUAUUUUACAUGGAGUCCGAACGUGUAAAUUUGUAUUUCUGUUGAUGCACUGAGCCCUUAAGCUAUUUUCAGGAAUUUUCAAAUCUCAUCCAUGAAAAAAAUACAGCACCACAUGCUCCCCGUUCAAGAUGACUUUGAAAUUACUGAUCAUUCGGUGUACCAGUUAAUUAUUUCUAGGACUUUGCUGAUGUUAGGGCAAGGCAGUUUUUCCUUUGUAAAGGCCACCUCAAAGAGGGCAAUGUCAAUUUGUACUGCAGGACAUUUUAAGAAGCACCAAGUCAAUGGCCAGGGGGGCAAUUGCCUCUGAUACCUUCUUGCAAACCCGAGCAUGUUUACUAGGUUUUGUACACUUUGGUUUAGUUAUGUAAUACAAGAAGGGCAAGCUCAAACUUAACCUAUUAAAAAAUAAAAGGAAAACGGAGUUAGUUUUUGUCAAGAUGUUUAUAUAUGUCUUUUUCCUUGGCAGGUUGUCUCUACUAACUGACUUUAAUUUAUACAUUUUUUGGUGUGAAAAAACAAAGAGGACACACAAAAGAAAAGAAAAGAAAAUCACAAAUUAUGGAUUUCCUUUCAUACUUGUAUUUCCACCUUUGCUUUAAAAAAAAACCCACAAAACAUAACAAUAUUAACUAAAGCAAUCCAGAAGACGAUCAGAGCAUACUGAUCGAAACACCACAAUAUUAACUAAAGCAAUCCAGAAGACGAUCAGAGCAUACUGAUCGAAACACAACAAUAUUAACUAAAGCAAUCCAGAAGACGAUCAGAGCAUACUGAUCGAAACACAACAAUAUUAACUAAAGCAAUCCAGAAGACGAUCAGAGCAUACUGAUCGAAACACAACAAUAUUAACUAAAGCAAUCCAGAAGACGAUCAGAGCAUACUGAUCGAAACACCACAAUAUUAACUAAAGCAAUCCAGAAGACGAUCAGAGCAUACUGAUCGAAACACCACAAUAUUAACUAAAGCAAUCCAGAAGACGAUCAGAGCAUACUGAUCGAAACACCACAAUAUUAACUAAAGCAAUCCAGAAGACGAUCAGAGCAUACUGAUCGAAACACAACAAUAUUAACUAAAGCAAUCCAGAAGACGAUCAGAGCAUACUGAUCGAAACACAACAAUAUUAACUAAAGCAAUCCAGAAGACGAUCAGAGCAUACUGAUCGAAACACCACAAUAUUAACUAAAGCAAUCCAGAAGACGAUCAGAGCAUACUGAUCGAAACACCACAAUAUUAACUAAAGCAAUCCAGAAGACGAUCAGAGCAUACUGAUCGAAACACAACAAUAUUAACUAAAGCAAUCCAGAAGACGAUCAGAGCAUACUGAUCGAAACACCACAAUAUUAACUAAAGCAAUCCAGAAGACGAUCAGAGCAUACUGAUCGAAACACAACAAUAUUAACUAAAGCAAUCCAGAAGACGAUCAGAGCAUACUGAUCGAAACGUCGAGUUAAUCCAACGGUUCUUUUCAGAACCACCCCAACUCAUUUAGAGCUUGUUAUUACAUGGUGUUACCGCAAACUCUUCUAUAUAUAUAUAAAGCAAUCAAAUUCUCUUAUUACUUUGUACUUCAAAUAAAUAGUCUAAUUAUAAUAUUAUGUACAUCUACAAG